GGAGUGGUACCGGAAGAUGCUGGACAAAGCUGUGGCUGAGCGCAUCGUUCACGACUACAAGGAUGUCUUCAAGCAGGCGACAGAGGACCGGCUGACGAGCGCUAAAGAGCUUCCGUACUUCGAGGGCGACUUCUGGCCCAACGUCCUGGAGGAGAGCAUCAAGGAGCUGGAGCAGGAAGAGGAGGAGAGGAAGAGGGAGGAGAAUAGCACCUCUAACGAGUGCACAGACGUGACGAAAGCAGACAGUAAGAAUGCCAAAAAGAAGAACAAUAAGAAGACCAGCAAGAACAAGAGCAGCCUGAGCCGAGCCAAUAAGAAGAAACCGGGGAUGCCCAACGUCUCCAACGACCUCUCCCAGAAACUCUACGCCACCAUGGAGAAACAUAAAGAGGUCUUCUUUGUCAUCCGCCUCACCGCCGCCAACUCGCUACCCCCCAUCUCGGACCCCGACGGCCUGAUGGCCUGCGACCUGAUGGACGGCCGCGACGCCUUCCUCACUUUAGCCCGGGACAAACACCUGGAGUUCAGCUCCCUCCGGCGGGCCAGGUGGAGCUCCAUGUGCAUGCUGGUGGAGCUGCACAACCAGAGCCAGGACCGCUUCGUCUACACCUGCAACGAGUGCAAACACCACGUGGAGACGCGCUUCCACUGCACCGUCUGCGAGGACUACGACCUGUGCAUCACCUGCUACCACGCCAAAGGUCACGAGCACAAGAUGGACAAGCUGGGUCUGGGCCUGGACGAUGACAGCAACAACGCGUCGGCGGCAGCAACUCAGAGCCCCGGAGACUCUCGCCGCCUCAGCAUCCAGCGCUGCAUCCAGUCGCUGGUCCACGCCUGCCAGUGCCGCAACGCCAACUGCUCGCUGCCGUCCUGUCAGAAGAUGAAGCGCGUGGUGCAGCACACCAAGGGCUGCAAGAGGAAAACCAACGGCGGCUGUCCCAUCUGCAAGCAGCUCAUCGCGCUGUGCUGCUACCACGCCAAACACUGCCAGGAGAACAAGUGUCCCGUCCCGUUCUGCCUGAACAUCAAACAGAAGCUCCGUCAGCAGCAGCUGCAGCACCGGCUCCAGCAGGCGCAGAUGUUGAGGCGGAGGAUGGCCAGCAUGCAGAGGGUGGGGCAGGCGGCCGUCGGUCCUCCAGGAGCUGUAGGACUUCCUUCACCCGGUACAGCUCCCAGUACCCCGACAUCUGGAGGAACACAACCUCCAACACCGCAGACGCCAACUCAGACCGGGCCUCCACCAACGCAGCAGGGAAUGGGUCAGCAGCAGCAGCAGGGCGGGGGAAUGCCUCCGCAGAGCAGCAUGCCUCCUCACAACCUCCACCAUCAAUUCCAGCAGAUGCAGGGUGGAGGAGGCGGGGGGAUGAUGAGCUCCCCCCAACACCAGAUGCUCCCUCAGAUCCAGCAGCAGGGUGGAGCAGGGAACCCGCAGCAGCACCACCAGAACAAUCUGCCUCCAUAUGCCGGCCGGCCCCCAGGGUCCUCCCCGCUCCACCAGUCUCAGGGCAAACCGCUCCUCGGGUCCGCCACGCCUCCCCAGCAGCAGCAGCAGCUCGGAGGCAUGCAGGGAAACGUUGGGGGGCCUCAACCUCCCAACCAGCCCCAGGGCCCGUCCUCCCUGCAGCAGCACCCCCCCUCCGGACCCCCACCUGCAGCGGUGGAGAUCGCCAUGAAGAUCCAACAGGUGGCGGACGCCCAGAGGAAGAUGGCUCUGCAGAGACAAGCGGCUGCAGGUUUGAUGCCCUCUCACCCCCACCAUCAGCAGGGCCAGGGGCAGCAGAUGGCCAUGGGGCACCCGGGGGCCUUGGGGCACCCGGGGGCAGUGGGAAUGGUUGGAGCCCAGGGUCUGCCUCCUCAGAACCAGGCCGCGGUGGCAGUGGCAGCGGCGGCGGCAGCGGCUCGGGCCCACAUGGAGCAACAACAAGGGGCUCCACCUGGGAUGAUGGUUGGUGCCGGAGGGCCCAUGCAGCAGCCCCCCCAGCAGGGUAACAUGCCUCAGGGCCAGAUGCCCCCUCAGGUUCAGCUGCAGCAGCAGAGGAUGGGGGCCCCGCAUCAGAACCCCCAGCAGCAGCAGCAGUGGGCAGUUCAGGGGAUUCCCCCCCAGCAGAGGCAAGCGAUGAUGAACCAAAUGAACCAUCCGGCCAUGACUGCAGCUCAACAGCAACAACAGCAGCAAAUACAGCAACAACAACAACAACAGCAAAUGCAACAACAGCAGCAACAGCAGCAGCAGCAACAACAACAACAACAACAACAACAACAACAGCAGCAACAACAACAACAACAGCAGCAGCAACAACAACAACAACAACAACAACAACAGCAGCAGCAGCAGCAGCAACAAUCUCAGGGCCACGCCGCCCUGAUGAGCAUGGCCCAGCAGCAGCAAGGUGCUGGAGCCGGUGUCCCCGGAGCAGGAAUGGUCCCUGGAGUUGCCGGUGUUGCCGCGGCGGCGGCGGGGGGGAACAUCCCCCAGGCGGCCCUGCAGGAGCUGCUGAGGACCCUCCGCUCGCCAAGCUCUCCGCACCAGCAGCACCAGGUCCUCAACAUCCUGCGCUCCAACCCGCAGCUCAUGGCCGCCUUUAUCAAGCAGAGGGCCUCCAAAUACAAGGGGGGCCCGGGGGGGCCGGGAGGGCCGGGCGGACCGGGCGGUGUCCCCUGGGGACCGCCAGGAGGACCUGUGGGGAGCGUCAUGCCGGGAGGAGGCGGCCCCCAGGUCAACAUGAGCGCUGCAGGAGGGGGACAGCCCGGGAUGCACAUGGGUGGUCCGGGAGGAGCGAAUGUUACCAUGGCGACCAUGGCCCAGCAGCUACAGCAGCAACAACAGCAACAGCUGCAUCAACAACAGCAGGCGCAACAACAACAGCAACUACAGCAGCAGCAAUUACAACAGCAGCAACAGUUGCAACAACAACAACAGCAACUACAACAACAACAACAACAGCAACAACAACAACAGCAACAGCAGCAGCAGCAGAGGCCGAUGCUCAGCAGUUUACAGCAGCAGCAGGUUGCCGCUCUCCAGCAGCAACAACAGCAGCAACAGCAGCAAGGUGCAGGGAGAGGGAUGCAGGGCCAGGGGCCGCAGGGCCAGGGGCCGCAGGGCCAGGGGCCGCAGGGCCAGGGGCCGCAGGGCCAGGGGCCGCAGGGCCAGGGGCCGCAGAUGGGAAAUAUCAACAACCCUCAGUUCAGAGAGCUGCUCAUGAGGCGGCAUCUCCAGCAGCAACAGCAACAACAGCAGCAGCCGCAGCAGAUGGGAGUGAGUCACGCUCAGUUCCAGCAGCCGCAGCCCCCCCAGCAGGGCUACAUGGGGCAGGCUGGGAUGCAGCCUCCUACAGUUGGCCAGGGGCCUCCAGGAGGGCAGCCUCUUGGCCCCCAGCAGCCUGGGGGGGGUCCUCAGGGCCAGCAGGGUCCUCAGGGCCAGGGUUACUCAGUGGCGCAGCAGCAGGCCCUGCAGCAGCGGCUGCAGCACCAGCACCACCUGCAGAUGCAGCAGCAGAACGCCAUGUCAGGCCUGCAGGGCGGUGACGCAGGUCCUGGUGGGGGGGGGGGUCCUCAGCAGCCCCCCCAAGGGCCACAGACCCCUCAGGGCGGACCCCCUUCGUCUCAGGCUCUGCUCCAGCAGGCGCUCCACCAGCGGCUCCUCCAGCAGCAGCAGCAGCACCUGGGCCCCGGGGGGUCUCCGGCGCACAGCAACCCCAUGAGCCCCCAGCAGCCGCAGCAGAUGGCUCAGUCUCCGCACCCCCACCCGCACCCCCACCUCCAGAACCAGGCGCUGUCCUCGUCGCUCGCCAACCAGGUCCGGUCUCCGCAGCCGUCGCCCCGGCCGCAGUCGCAACCGCCGCAUUCCAGCCCGUCGCCGCGCAUGCAGCCGCAGCCGUCCCCGCACCACAUCUCCCCCCAGAUGCAGACCGGAUCCCCCCACCCGGGCCACAUGAGCCAGCACCACCCGGGGAUGGUCCAGCAGCAGCAGCAGCAGCCAGGGAACCAGCAGCAGCAGAACUCUAUGGAUCAGUUUGGGUCGGACCCGAGCGCCAUGAUGUCGCAGCUGAGCGGCAUGGCGGGUCUCCACGGGCCGGGGGGGGGCAGCGGGCAGGACCCUCUGGGCCAGAACAUGAAUCACAACCCUUUGGACAUCAUGUAGGAACUCAGUCGUGAUUCUCCGCACAAACUGCACUCACCCAGGACAGUGUUAUUGUUACCUAGCCUUUCUUUUAUUUUAUACGAUCAUUAAAUGUUAUUUAAAAUGUUUUCAAUAAAGAUGCAUUGAACUGAACUUCCUAUGGGAGAUGAACAAUAAAUCAAAGCAGUCGUUAAAUAAAUUAGAAUAAAUGAAUUGUAAGUUAUUGCUGUUAAUAUAUUUUUUUGCCAAUUGUGGACAAAGAAGGGGGUUUCUCUAACGCGCCCCCCCACUCACCUCCACCUCGCUGAAUACAAGAAAGGUGGUAUUUUCUGGGAGGGAGGGGGGUUCAUAGGCCUUUUUUAAGAAAUGUUUUUAAGAUUUUAAAAGUGGCCAAGAUUAAAGAGUAAAUGAUUUAAUGCAAAGAACUUUUCUAUCUGUUUGAUUUCCCGUCAUUCCUGCAGUCCGUCUUUCGGCUCUGCAGAGUGAUGAGGAUUAUUAUUAAUGUAAAUCCAAACAUGAUGCAUAUCUUCAUUUUUUAUAUAUAUAUUUGGGUUUAUUUAUUGUUUUCUUCAGGGGGGGGGGAGGGGGUGUUGCGGAGGUGUUAUGUACCCUGAGACUGCUACAAUUCGUAUAGAAAUAUAUUUUUGUUAUGACUGUUAUGGGGGGGGGGGGGUAGUGGAUAUUUCAUUUAGGUGGGAAUAAUAAAAUGUCAGUGUUUUAUCGCAGCGGCUGUGAGACGGACAUGUUGUGACGCCGGACAUCGCGAUGGACUUUCCUCUCGCAAACAUGCAAACCCCCUCCCUCGAAUGUGUGUGCACUCCUUCCUUUUUAAAGACACUUAAUACAGUGGAGGCUUGGGGAGGUGGGGUGCAUACCUGUGUGCCUGAAACAUUUUGCGUACAUGGGCUGGGAUGUGAAAAUAACGGGUGAGGUGGGGUCCUUUUUUAGUGUUUUAAUUUAGUUUUUUGUUUUUAAGGAUUCUCGGAACAGAGGAUUUUGAUCCAAAUGAACUGUGUUGCACAGAAAUGAGGAGAAAAAGGAGAAAUCGUUCUCCGUCUCCUUCUGCCUCUUCCCCUUUGCUGCUCCCCUCGGACUUUAAAUCCUUCCUCCUCCUCUUCCUCCUCUGUAGGGGAAGUUGCUCCCCCUCAAACUCCAUCCUCUUUAUCUAUCUGCUAAGAACUUUCGGAGUUUAAUUUAAUAUUUUUUACUGUACAAAGGAAACACAAACUGUGGACUCAAAUACUGUUUUUUAUAAUAAAAUGAAAAUGACCAACA